CGGGGUGUUCUGGGGGCUUCUUCCACUAUAGGUGCGCAUGCGCGAAAGUGCGCCAAGGCAACUUGUGAGUGGCGGGUUGUUUAAAGUCUCUUGGGAUGCUGAAUAUUGGAUUUGUACCUGAAGCCUCUGGAACUCUUCUCCUUAGUAUAAUGUAACCUGAUUCAGAGCAUACUGCAGAUAGUAAACGGUGCUCCGUCCAGGCUUGAGAAGCCCUGAAGUCCUCUAGUAGCGUGGAUUUGAACUACAGUAGGCGCUUGGUUUAGGAAGAUGGAGCCUCUGUACAAGUCCGUUGCUGUCUCAGAGCCUCAAAACCUGGCUCUAUGUGAACAAAGUAAAGUCUCGAGAGCAGAUACGUCUUGGAAGCAAGAGACCCUCCCUGUCACAGAAGCUUAUGAUGCUGAGGUAUCUCGCCAGAAAUUCAGACAUUUCCAGUAUUUGCAAGUGUCUGGGCCCCGUGAAGCCCUGGACCAACUCUGGGAGCUCUGUCUUCGGUGGCUGAGACCAGAAAUUCACACAAAGGAGCAGAUCUUGGAACUCUUGGUGCUGGAACAGUUCCUGGCAAUCCUCCCUGAAGAAGUCAAGGCUUGGGUAAAUUUACAUCAUCCCAAGAGCAGCAAAGAUGUGGUGACCUUCGUAGAGGAUGCCGUUGAAAUGAUCAAAGACAAGGGUAUACCUUUCAGAGACUCGGCCCCUCAGAAGAGCAGCACAAAGGAGGAGAAUAUGGAAGCUGAUUCACUAACUGGCAAGCCCCAACAUCCACCCAAAGACUGGUCUUGCAACAAAGAAACUAUUUCAGAAAACCAAGAUUCAAUUCUAAAGCAGACUAUUUCUGUAAAAGAAUCAAUGCCUGAAACAGUUAUGCCAGUGCCUGCCAAAAAGGUACAUACUGCUUUACGUAAGGAGAGAGAUGAGGAUCAGUUCCAUAGGAACCAGGAAAAGCAGGAAAUAAAUUUGCCACAAGAAGCUUUCAUACAUACUACAGUCUACAGUGAGGAAGGAGACUCUGAAUAUCAUGACAAGAAAAGCUUUAUGUCAACUGACUCUGUUUGGGAAAUACAGCAGGAAACUCCUGCAGGAACAAGGUCUCCAAACGGCCAUCAGUUUAAAACUAACUUCAAGUUUACUUCAGAUUCUGUGGACAAGCCAUGGUCAGAAUAUAAUGAAUGUGGAAACACCUUGAGCAUUAAUACACAUAUUAUGCCGCCCAACAAAAGGCAUAUUACAGUUAAUUCCUAUGAGUGUUAUCAAUGUGGGAGAACCUUUAGUCGAAGUUCAUCCCUCAUUAGACAUCAAAUCAUUCAUACUGGAGAGAAGCCCUAUGGAUGUGGUGAAUGUGGAAGAUUCUUUAACCGACACACAAAUCUUACAAAGCAUCAAAGAAUUCAUAGUCGAGCAAAGGCCUCUGAAGGUAAUCAGUGUGCAGUGACCUUCUGUAAGAGUGAGAAUAGCAGUAAACAUCCAAGACUCCAUUCUGGAUGUAAUCUCUAUGAAUGUGUGGACUGUGGGAAGUCAUUCAACCGUAGUUCCUCCCUUCUCCGACAUCAAAUGAUUCAUACAGGAGAGAGACCAUUCAAAUGUAAGGACUGUAAGAGAACUUUCAACCGACACUCAAACCUUACUAAACAUCAAAAACUUCAUACUCAAGUGAAUACUGAAAAGGAAGCAACACUGGAUUUACCUUCAGUAGAUGCAGUACUCAAUCAACAUCAUGGAAAAUAGAAUCCCAUGAAUAUAAUAAAUUCAAGAAAGCCUUUGUCAAAAUUAUUCCUUAACUGAUGUGACUAUACUAAAGGGAAACCUAUUUGAGAGAGCUUUUCUAGACUCUCAAAAGAAGCUACAAUGCUUUAGACUUUAACAUAUUAUCAUCAUACAGAGCUUUGCCUAUCAUUUUUACAUUACCUUUAUCUUUCUCUGGUUCUUACACUUGAUUUAUUGUAACAGAUAUUAGAGAGCAGCCAAGAAAUAUGCUUGGAGUUAAUACUUAAUGAACUGUUGGUCCUUAUGAGAAGGUCAAAAUAAAACAGAAGCUAAUGACAAGCAUAGUACAGGAGAACACUUUUGAGGACUAAAAUUUCUGAAUGACAGAAACUUCAGUGACUGCCAGUUAUUUUCAUUUUUUCCAUCCCAACAAUACCUUUACCAGAAUUGGGAAGCUAUCAACUGCAGUGGGAAAUUGAGUUUUUGUUCAUUUUUAGGUAUUCUUGAAAUCUGCAUUUUUUAAAUGUACUUUUUGAGAUCCA